CACGACCACUCCUCUCCCUGACUCAGCUCUUAUCCCAAGCCUCGGCGCAGCUCCCCCGUCGCUUUCUCGCCACGUUUACACGCUCUCUCGAGCUGCCGAUUCCCCAACAUACACGCAUGCACGCCGAAUUGCCCCUCCAUCUGCGUGUCACUCCUCUCCCACUUACCCAUGGUGUCCAAGAACCCGCCGUCCUCCGUUUCUGCCGGCAGCGGCGGCCGCGGUGGCAGUGACAUGGGGUCAGCGGAGACGCCUCUGCUGCCGGAGCACGCGUGGGCCCCGGGCGGCGGCUCAGCGUCGGUGCUCGGCGCGGUGUUCAACGUGUCGACGAGCGUGGUGGGUGCCGGCAUCAUGUCGAUCCCGGCGGCCAUGCGGGUGCUCGGCGUGGCGCCAGCGGUGGCUCUGAUCGCCGGCGUCGCGGUCCUGGCCAACGCCUCCGUCGACUUCAUGCUCCGGUACACCCGCGACGCGCCGUCGUACUCGGCGCUGAUGGGCGACGCGUUCGGCCGCGCCGGGGCCGCGCUGCUCAACCUGUUCGUCGCCUUCAACGCGUUCGGGACCCUCACCGUCUACCUCAUCAUCAUCGGGGACGUGAUGUCCGGCGCGGCGAGCGGCGGAGAGGCGCACGCGGGGGUGCUGCAGGAGUGGUUCGGGCACCACUGGUGGACCAGCCGGGAGGUGGUGCUGAUGGCGGCCGCAGUGAUUCUCCUUCCACUCGUGCUCCGGAAGCGUGUCGAUUCACUGAGAUACACAUCGGCCAUCUCCAUCCUACUGGCGGUGGUGUUCGUGCUCAUUAGCCUGGGAAUCGCGGUGUACGCUCUCUUCACCGGCACCGCCACGAUGCCGCGGAUGCUCCCGGACUUCUCCACCCUCUCCUCCCCGUUCGAGCUCUUCACCGCUGUCCCCGUCAUCGUCGUCGCCUUCACAUUCCACUUCAACGUGCACCCGAUCCGCGCGGAGCUGAGCAAGACGUCAGACAUGGUGGCGGCCGUGCGCAUCUCCCUCGUGCUCUGCGCCGCCAUCUACGCGGCGGUCGGCUUCUUCGGCUACCUCCUCUUCGGGGACGCCACCAUGGCCGACGUGCUCGCCAACUUCGACCGCAGCUCCGGCGCGGGGGUCCCGCAGGCGCUCAACGACGCGGCGCGCCUCAGCUACGCGCUGCACCUCGUGCUCGUGUUCCCGCUCCUCCUCUUCUCGCUCCGGGUCAACGUCGAUGAGCUCCUCUUCCCUGGACGCCGGCCACUGGCCACCGACACGGGGCGGUUCGUGUCCCUAACGGCCGUUCUCAUGGCGGUGCUCUACGCGCUGGCCAUCGCCAUCCCCAGCAUCUGGACGCUCUUCGAGUACUCCGGAUCCACGUUCGCUGUCACCAUCUCGUUGAUCUUCCCUGCCGCCAUUGUCCUCAGGGAUGUUCAUGGAAUAGCAAAACGGAAGGACAAGGCAUUAGCGGCGACGAUGAUCAUUCUGGCUGUGAUCACGAGCAGCAUCGCCAUUGCCUCAAACAUCAUGAGCUCCACCAGCGACAAAGUCAGAGGGGGUCAUGUAGCUAGCAGAUAAAUCGUGCCGUCAUCGUAUACAGCCCAACACAGUGAAGAUUCCUGCGCGUGUAACAUUCCUCUCUUUGGUUUUGUUCUUAGAGAGAAUGAUGAGAUAUUGCUUCGGUUCAUGAGAUGCAAGCUUGGCCCAACAACCCCCGGCCAUUAUUGUGCUUGUACUGGUGAUACAUUACUGUGUACAAUAGUAAUAAUAAAUAUUGUUUGCAGUACUAAAAA